UUUGAAAAUAUCUAUAUAAACGUAGUAAAUAUAUGUACGUAUGACAUAUUAUUGCGAUAUACAUAUGCACGCAUACACACAGACCACAUGCUUAUACACACUGUUGGUAAAUUAAAGUGAAUGUGGAAGACUUGAAAAUGUUCCCACGUUCUCGUUGCGCAAGUGUGUGUUGCGCGUGUGUGUGAAAUUCUUUAUCAAGAAGAUGAACGUUCAAGGGCAAGAACACGGUCAUGCAGUUGUUGUGUGGGAGUGGGAAAAUCGUCACGGACGAUGGAGGCCUUAUAGUCCUGCAGUAUCACAACAUCUAGAAAGAGCACAUUGCAAAAAACUUACUCGGGUCUUUCUUAAUGAUGCAGAUCCAAAUUUGGAUAGGUAUUACAUAAAUUUGAAGACUAAAUCACAGUGUAGCGAGGAUGGAGAUGAAACACAUAAUGUUAGAAGAAAAUUUUAUCUUCCAAAUUCACCAGCUGGGAAAGGAGCUAAAUGGGAAUGGGCUGGUGAUACAGAUGACUGGCAUACAUAUGAUAUGGAAGUACAAUGUCUCAUAGAAGAAGCAUGGGCAAGGGGUGAUAAAACCAUUGAUAUUUCUAAAACGUAUUUAGGUUUUCCUUAUAUUAUUAAUUUUUGUAAUUUAACUCAAGUACGUUGUUGCACUGGAUAUGUAAGACCAAUAAGACGUAUACAACAAGCACCUUAUCCUUUAGUUAAAGUUGCUUUGGAAGAGUUACAAAUUAUUUCUGAGAAAAAAGCUACAGUUGCAACUGUUAAGAAUUCAACAACAAAAGUAACACAUAAGAAAUCAUCUACAGGAAAUACAAAAAAGAGUAAUAAAAAGAGUAAAAAUGGAGAUACUGGUCCAUCAAAUAUAGCUCGUGUUAUUCUGAGUAAUUUUAACAUAUUUAGUAAUAAACAUGGAGUAGAAAAUAAUAAUGCAGUUGCAACUAUUGAAUCUGGACAAAAAAGAAAAACUUGGGAUAGUGUAUUGGAUGUAGAUUCUAGUAGUACAAAAAGUGGAAGAAGACCAAGUGUUGAUACUGUUUCUACUUAUUUGAGUCAUGAAAAUCCAAUAGAUUUAUUGGAUAGCAGUGUAGGAAGUGAUGAUGGAUUUAAAGAAACUAUUUUGGAUGUAGAUGCAGAGUCAGAUGUUAUUUCUCAAUAUGUAAAAGUGGUAGAAAGCGAUGAUUCUGAUUCUUGUCCUGUGUGUCUUGGUAUGCCUGAGCCACUAACAGUAGAAUUGACUCGUUGCAAACAUAGGUUACAUUUAGCAUGUUUGAAUGCUAUGCUCAGUUGUCAGCAGCCUCCUAUGUACAUGCAGUGUCCUGUUUGUCGUUUAAUUUAUGGAGAAAAAAGAGGAAACCAACCUCCUGGAACUAUGAAUUGGACAAGAAUACCACGUGCUCUGCCUGGUUUUCCAAAUACAAAUACAAUUCAAAUAACUUAUGAUAUUCCGUCAGGAAUUCAAGGAAAUGAACAUCCCAAUCCUGGACAAGCCUAUUAUGCUGUAGGUUUUCCACGAGUAUGUUACCUUCCAGAUAAUAAUCUAGGUCGUAGAGUUUUGAGACUGUUGCAAAUUGCAUUUGAGCGGAGACUGAUAUUUACAAUCGGGCGAUCAGUAACUACUGGACGAGAGGAUGUAGUAACAUGGAAUGAAAUUCACCAUAAAACUGAAUUGGGACCAUCAACAACUGGUCAUGGUUAUCCUGACACAAGUUACCUCGAAAGAACAUUAGCUGAAUUGGCAGCUCAAGGUGUAACAGAUGGGCAGCCAUCCCCUACAUUGUAUCAGGAAUUGCAUUGAAACAAUUUUUAUUUAGUAUUUCAUAUACAUUCAAGUGUUAGUAUCCAUAUUGAAUAUACAGCAAAGUUGUAUAAAUUAAUUUA